AUGUCGACGCGCAAGAGGAAGAACGAGGAGGAGGAAUUGGUGGCUUUGCCUUCUGAUGAAUCCGAGUCUGAGGAGGAACUGCUCAACAAUUCACCCUUCUUCUUGCGCGCAUCCAAAACAACAAAGCUGACCCCAUUCACCCAUAGAUAUGCCGAGUCUGAGGAGGGUUCCGCCUUUGACGAGGACGACUCGGACGCAGAAGAUCCACCGCCCAAGAAGAAAGCAAAGCGCACCAAGGCCAAGGACGACGAAGACUCUGCCGACGAGGAAGAAGAGGAAGAACUCGAAGAGAAUUCCGAGGACGAUGAUGCAGCCGCCCCCCAGGAAUCUGACGACGAAGACGAGGACGCAAACGCCCCUGCUAAGAAGCCAGCCGGCGCCGAAAAGGACAGAAAGGUCAAGACAACCGGGAAAGAGGAACCAGUCCCUGUCGUCAACGAUGACGACGACGACGACGGUUCUGAGUAA